UGGCGAGCCUGGCGCUCCCCCGGCCCCUGUCUCCCGGGUCUCUUGAGGAGCCCGGGAAGGAGGCUCGGCUCGCGCUGCCGGGGCAGGGGCUUGCCGGGACCGGGCUGCGGCAAUCGUUAGCGGGCCAUGUCGGCUGCCCAGGGCUGGGACCGGAACCGCCGGCGGGGAGGAGGUGCGGCCGGCGGGGCCAGCGGGGUUAGCGGGGCCGGCGCGGCCGGCGGGGGUCGGGGCACCGGACAGCUCAACCGAUUCGUGCAGCUCUCCGGACGGCCGCACCUGCCAGGUAAGAAGAAAAUACGAUGGGACCCAGUUAGGAGGCGCUUCAUUCAGUCCUGUCCCAUCAUAAGGAUCCCUAACAGGUUCUUGAGAGGCCACAGACCUCCCCCAGCCCGCAGUGGACACCGUUGUGUGGCAGAUAAUACCAAUCUCUAUGUGUUUGGAGGGUAUAAUCCAGACUAUGAUGAAUCGGGAGGGCCAGAUAACGAAGACUAUCCUCUCUUCAGGGAGCUUUGGAGGUAUCAUUUUGCAACAGGCGUGUGGCACCAGAUGGGCACAGAUGGCUACAUGCCCCGGGAAUUGGCAUCUAUGUCACUUGUGCUGCAUGGAAACAAUCUGUUAGUGUUCGGAGGUACAGGCAUCCCUUUCGGGGAGAGCAACGGCAAUGACGUCCACGUCUGCAAUGUGAAGUACAAGCGAUGGGCUUUACUCAGCUGUCGGGGGAAGAGGCCCAGCCGUAUAUACGGACAGGCCAUGGCCCUCAUCAAUGGGUCCCUUUAUGUCUUUGGGGGAACAACCGGCUACAUCUAUAGCACAGACCUGCACAAGUUAGAUCUCAACACCAUGGUGUGGACACAACUCAAACCAAACAACCUGUCCUGUGACCUGCCGGAGGAGAGGUACAGACAUGAAAUUGCUCAUGAUGGGCAGAGGAUUUACAUCUUGGGAGGAGGUACUUCCUGGACAGCCUAUUCCUUAAACAAGAUCCACGCAUACAAUCUUGAAACAAAUGCAUGGGAGGAGAUCGCAACAAAACCUCAUGAGAAAAUAGGUUUUCCUGCAGCCCGACGAUGUCACAGUUGUGUUCAAAUAAAAAAUGAUGUCUUCAUUUGUGGGGGCUAUAACGGAGAAGUGAUCCUGGGGGACAUCUGGAAGCUGAACCUGCAGACUUUCCAGUGGGUGAAGCUCCCUGCCACCAUGCCAGAGCCCGUUUACUUCCACUGUGCGGCCGUCACUCCUGCCGGUUGCAUGUACAUCCAUGGAGGAGUGGUGAACAUCCAUGAAAACAAACGGACUGGGUCGCUGUUUAAGAUCUGGCUGGUGGUCCCUAGCCUGCUGGAACUGGCAUGGGAGAAGCUGCUCGCGGCCUUCCCCAACCUAGCAAACCUCUCCCGAACACAGCUUCUGCACCUUGGACUCACACAGGAACUCAUCGAGCGUUUGAAAUGAGGAUUUCUGGACUGUUCAUUGAUACUGGAAAUGUUAAUUUAAAGAGACUCCUUUAUUUAUGGGCAGUGUAGAAUGUGCUACAAAGAGGAUUGGUUACCCUGAUCAAGGCCUUAUUCAGAAAAUACAUCAGAUGCCUUUUUGCGAAUGGGUUUUAAGUUUAUGGACAUCUCACUCUCAUGUGCUUUCUUUGCUCCCCUCCCUCCUGCCCCCCAUAAUAUACCCCAUACUUAUGCACUCCCUCUUUCUUGAUGGAGUUGAGGGAAUAUCCGAAAGUCCCUUAUAAUGUUAAGAAUCAAGAGAGAUAAAUUGUUGCUUUUUUUUUAAAUUCUGAACAUCUUGACCAUGUCAACUAACACUACAGAUUAAAAUAUCAUCGUCCACAAACACAAAGCUUAAAGCCAGCAACAGCAGCUAGCAGUCUGGAGCCGGGGCGAGAGCACUGAUGCUGGUGGUCUCGCAGGUUGUUCUCAGAGCUGGGUGUGGAACUGGUGUUUCUGAGACAUGCUGAGUGGCUGGACUCAGCGGUGCUUCAUGGCUUGGUGUAAAAAUGCCUGACCUUGAUGAGAGCAGGCAGUUCAGUGGCGUCUGAUAGUGAUCCCUUCGAUCUUGUAUACUCCAGUGGUUAGCGUUGGCCUGCCAGUAUUUAGUGUGUCUGUCACCAUCACCCCCUGUUGUUGUCUUUCAAAUUAAAUGUGUAUGGCAUCAAGAUCUUCCCAGGCAGUUUUGAACUUCCCCUGUGCUUAUUAAUGGCUUUAAAUCUGUCGUUGACCUCUUCAUGGGGGAUUGUAGAUUCUCAGUGUGUGGUGUAAAUGUCUAAAGACGUAGAUAGAGCGCCGCCCCGCCCCCUCCCCUCCCCCCCCUGCCCCCUUCAGACUUACUGUCUUAGCUUCUGCUUGGGGUGAUGGGCUUUGGCUAGCAUAGCGGCUGCUUCUUUUUUAGAACUUGUUUCUUUUUUUAAAUCUCUGGACCAUGUUCUUGCAUUUUCUCAAGCAGUUGGUUCUUGAUUCCCUCCUGAGCUUGGUGCCCCCUUUGCUCUCCGCUUCAGUGCACACAAUACUGUGAUUGCCUAGUGCCUGGAGAACGGCACAUGUAGCCUUCUUCAGGACGCAAGGGUCAGUGGAAGGCCCAGCAGGAGGAAGGAGUGAGACAGGGUGAUUUGCUUCUGUUGGGGAGAGAGAUUUGAGUUCUGGUUGGUUUUAUCUAUUCUGGAAAGAAAAGUAACCUAGGUUUUUACUCCUUUUGUCCUGAGACUGCUAGAAGAGUUUGGGAGUGACUUGUGUGAGCCCAUGGGUGUCCAUAGGUGCAGUCAGGGUGCUGGAGGCCUGCAGGAGGGUGUAGCCAGGCCCCCUGCAGGCUCCUUCCAGAGGGGGCUUGCAGGAGAUUUCAAACAUUUUUCCUUUAAGUGCCUCUCUUCCACCUAGCUUUAAUAUUAUUCUUCUUUUUCUUUUAGCCCAGAAGAGAUUGCUUUAGUUUGUAUGAAUUUAAGUCACCUUCAAGUUACAGUAAAAACCAGUUCCUGCCUGGUGUGCAGUCCUAGAGAGGUCUGUUGACUUCAGCUCCCUGCAGGCCUUAUGCUCCAUCCACAUGGGGUAAGUUAGUGGAGCCUUUGCUCUGUGGGCCUGAGAGAAGCCCUUAUCUGUGAGUGAGGGAACGGAGCUGCUCCUCUGGGGUCCUACCCCCACCCCCACCACAUACCCCUGCCUCAGCUCCUACUACUUCCCAUUGGUGUGGCUUUUACUUCCUGCCCCGAUAGGUGCCCUCCUCAGAAGACCCCUCUCCAGAGCAAGGCAGCCUGAGCCUCUGCGUGUGCUCAAAACUGUGUGACUCUGGGCCAGGUCUCCCGGACACAUGGUGGAAAUAGAUCCCAAGCUAAAUAAGCCAUGUUUUCUAGGGUGACAGAGGAUUUUUGUCAUUGGUUUAUAUAGGGACCAAAGGCAAUUUUCAACCUCUGUGCUUUGACUCCCAUGGUCCUUGGACUACAAAGAGGCCAUCUCUGGUUCGGUUACACCAGAAAGCUGUAGAAAGGGCUCUGAUUGAAGCUGCACUUGUGAGCAUCCUUUUUAAGCCCUUUGAAGGCAGUCUCUGAGAUAGAUGUUGGAGGCCUGACAUCAAGGACCUUCUGUAUCUUAGAAGUGCAUGUUUGGUCUAAAGUGUCUUUGACUAGAACACUAGUGAACACGGUGCAGGGAGCAGCCGAGUGCCACAGCCGCUCAUGCACAUGUUCUGGAUGCCAAAUGACUGUGGAGAAGGACUUAAAGGAAGUGACUGGAUCCUCUCGAAGGGUCACCAGCAUUUUGGUCUCUCUAUAACCAGCACUCGGAUUCCCGAUGGCAUCACUUGGUGUGGGGAGGUUCUGAUGCCUGCUGCUCCUCUGCCUUUGUGAGGUAUGCCGGCAUCUUCCUGCAGUCCUGGAAGUGGAAGUGCAAUAUGUAGAAACAUGGUCUGUACAGAUUAUGUAGAAACUAUGACUGUAGAGCAGUGACACUACUUUUUAUAUCUGUCUUGGGCAAGUCAACUUAUUACCUUAGAGUAAAAGAACUUUAGUGUGAUCAUAAACCAACUUCUUGGUAAAGCUGGGUUUAUUUCAGGUCCAUGUUUUCUUAUUCUAGUUAUUAAAAAAAAAUUACUGUUCCUCAGUUUGUUUAGAGUUGAGGGUUUUUCCCAUUCCUGUUUGUACUGUCUCCUAUGCAUGCCUUGCCUAGGAAUAAGGAAGUCCCCUUGAAAGUGUUGCCCAGAUGGAGAAUAAAACCUAUUAUUAUACAGUUCCCCCCAUAUACUCUAAUUUAUCUGGGAAUGUAAUACCUUAUUAAAUGAUGCUUUCUUUACUAUAAGGUAUUUUCCACUUUACAGAAAACUGCAAACCAGUCUAUAAUAGAUUGAAACUUUAUCUGCUUUGCAGGACAAACAAAACCCUUUCUUUCCACUGGCAGAAAUCAUCUUUCAGGGCCUCAUGACUUGAUAUAAAAGCUUGCUUUAUAGCAUUCAUGUCCAGUACAGAGCUAGAUUUAAAAUUUAUAUAUAUGAUGAAAAUAUUAACAUUCUAGAUUAAAAGUGCUGAUCUUUCGUUCUCCACAGUGGCAAGGUGAGAGCACACACAAUGGAGAUCCAUAGAUGAUCAGUGUUUCGGCUUCUCUGUCAAACAGUUGAUUUACAUAUAUAUCUUGUCCCUUCCCGUUCCUCUUCCACACACAUCCCCUUUUCAAGGGACUAGAAAUCAGGAAAGAAGGGCCAGCAGCUAGCCAUCAGGCCAAGGUCCCAGUUAGCUUAGAUGUGUAGACACUGAUUGGAGAACCUUGAGCACAGUGUGCUGCAGAGUUCUUUGCUGCCUCCUGACAGAGGACUCGGUCCCUGUGGGAUGAACUGGCUGUGUGGGACAGAAACAAAAGCCCGCCUCUUGAGCACAUCUCCUGGCUCUUGGCAAAGCCUGCUUUUCUGUUUCUUCCUUUAGAGUCACCUUCUGAUGUCCUGCUGUGCAGCAAGGGUGCUCUGUCCUCUGGGACUGUGUUGGUUUUGUCUCCUGUAAAAGCAGUUUGGUUUUCUGUGAUCUUAGUGAUGCUUAGAGACUGGCCCUUCCACCAACACUCUGACAUAGCACAAAAAGCCAUUUUCCCUUUUGUUCUUUCUUGUUUCCUGGUGUUGGGUUUCAGGGUGAAUGUGGGAAGGUUUGUUGUCAAGAGCUGGUUAUCACAGGUGUGAAUCCCACUGGUCCCCAGGCACCUUAGAGCAGGCGCGGUGGGGUUCUGGGACCUCCAUAUGUUGUCACCUGUCUAAGUUUGUGAGAUUUGGAAGAAAAAAAAAUUCUCCCCUUCUCUGGUGUUAAAAACAGAAGUUCUGAGUGGCGCUUCAAUGGUAGCGCCAUCUCCUUGGUGUUCUUUCCAUGUUGUUAAUCUUUUUUAAAACUUUUGAGAAGUUUUUUUUAAAGGCCCCGCUUAGUCUGCACAGGGUGAGUCAGAGGCAGUUUUCGGAGAAAAGGCCAAUUUCACUAAGUAGUUGUAAUUGCUGUUGUGCUAGUUACACGGAAGGAAUGCAGAGGAGGCUCACUGGCUGGGGUGGAGUCUUAGGGAGAGUGCAGACAUCUCCCUGCAGAGGCUGGAGGGACAGGCAGGAGAGGACAGCCUCCCUUUGGAGCUGCUCUGAGGCUGGGCCGGACUCUGCUCUUCCUGCAGGUAUUGGAGGCCAUACACAGUGCUUGCCUUACUGUAAAGCUGUUUGCCACAGUCCUGUUACACAGUGUGGAUGUCCUUUUGCAGUCUGGUGUGCAUGCCAUGUGAUCAGGACAGCUUUCCCCUCCCCCAGCUUCCUGUGAGCAAGUAAGCCUACCCUGAAAUGUUCGCUCUGUACUCACCUACCUUGUCAGUGUUCGCUGUUGGUUUUCUAAAACAAUCUGAUCAAUAAAUCUCUAAAUCUA